AUGGAAGGGGGGCGGCCGACGUGGGGGGAGUUACUUCUGGGUCUCACUGUCAGCCUUCUGCUCCAAGGAAGGACAAACGCUUUCACCAUCAACUGCUCGGGCUUCGACCUGUCUGGGGUGGACCCUGCCAGCUUCCAGAUUAUCUUUAGUCAGAAGGACUUUCCUCCGGUCACCAACUACAGCAUCCCCAUUCAUGUUAACAUCUCCUUCACCAUGUCCGCCAUCCUGAAUGUGGAUGCACAACUCCAGCUGCUGACAACAUUUCUGUGGUUAAAGAUGGCCUGGAUUAACCCCUCCAUCAGCUGGGACCCAGAAGAAUGUGGCGGCAUCAAAAAGCUCACGGUGACAGCUGAGAACCUGUGGCUGCCCGACAUCUUCAUCGUGGAAUCCACGGACGUGGACGAGACGCCCCCCGGCCUCUCCGCCUACGUCGCUCACAACGGGCGCAUUGUGUAUCGCAAGCCGGUGCGGCUGACCAGCAUCUGUAGCCUGGACAUCUUCUACUUCCCCUUCGACCAGCAGAACUGCACCCUCACCUUCAGCUCCUUCCUCUACACGGUGGAAAACAUGCUGCUGGACCUGGACAAGAAAGUGUGGGAGAUAUCGGACACGUCCAAGAACAUCAUCCGCACACAGGGCGAGUGGGACCUGCUGGGCAUCAACAAGGCGACACCGAAGAUGUCUGUGGGCUCCAGCCUGUUUGACCAGAUCAUGUUCUACGUGGCCAUCAGGCGCAGACCCGGACUCUACAUCAUCAACCUUCUGGUGCCCAGUGGCUUUCUGGUGGCCAUCGACGCCCUCAGCUUCUACCUGCCAGCUGAGAAUGAGAACCGGGCGCCCUUCAAGAUCACCCUCCUGCUGGGCUACAACGUCUUCCUGCUCAUGAUGAACAAACUACUUCCCUCCAGCGGCACCCCCCUCAUCAAUGUCUACUUUUCCCUGUGCCUGUCCCUGAUGGUGGUCAGCCUGCUGGAGACCAUCUUCAUCACCUACCUGCUGCACGUGGCCACCACCCAGCCGCCACCCAUGCCUUCCUGGCUCCACUCUCUGCUCCUCUCCUGCACCAGCCCCUGGAAAGGCUGCCCCGCCGUGCUCUGGAAGGAGAAAGUGGACGCCCACCUCCCUCCCACCCAGCUGCCUGGCCCGGUGGAGCUGCAGGAGAGAGAAGCGACAGAGCCAGGACCCAGAGAGGCAGGGGUCACGGAAGGGUCAGGGUGGACGAGGGCCCAGCUUGUUGACUUGUGGGUGUGGUUCGGCCACGUGAUGGACACCUUCCUCUUCCGCCUCUACCUGCUCUUCCUGGCCACCUCCAUCAUCAUGGUCCUCGUGCUCUGGAGCACCUAG